AUGCUGCGCAACGCUGUCAGUCGCACCACCCUCAAGGCCGUCGGUCAGGGCGGCCUCGGUGGCUCCUCCAGUCAUGCAGACGGUAUGCAUCCAAACCUCGGUCUUCACAGCGCUGCUGCCACCGGAAACAUCGGCCUUGUCAAGUUUGCUCUCGAAAACGGCCAACCAGCCAACAGCAACCUCAAUGGCAUUUUGCCUCUCCACGCUGCCUGCUCCGGUGGCAGCGAACAGAGCGUGCGCAUGCUCAUCCUGCACGGCGCCGAUGUCAACGCUCCACGUCUCAGGGCAAAGGGCUCCGCAGCUGGACCAGGUGCCGAAGGAUCCACCCCCCUCCACUUUGCUGCUGCCAACGGCCAUCUCGAGAUCGUGCGCAUCCUCCUUGAGGCCGGUGCGCGCCCCGCUGCCGCUGACAAAGAAGGCGUCACCCCGGAAGCGCUCGCGCUCGGCGCAGGUCACAUCGAAUGCGCCAACCUCGUUCGUUCCUGGAUCUCGGCUUACGGGUCCAACGGCUUGGCCGGUAUGGUUGAAUCGCGCGAGACCGUCAGCGGCGACGUCACUCUGGGUCCAGCAGGCUACAUCCGUUACGCUGCCUCUGGUGGAAGCGCUUCUCCCCUUCCAUCUACAGCCGCACCAUCUGCCGCCAACUCGACUCCCGCCUUGUCCAGCACACCUCAAGCUGCCGUUCCUCAUUCCGCAACCAAGUCAUUCAGCACUGCUUCCACCUCGAACCUCACGACGCAGUCGUCCUUCGACACGCUGCCAGCCAACAAGAGCGGAUCGCUCUCAAAGACCAGCUCCAAUCCGAACCUGCGAAAUCAGGUCUCCUCGUCUGCGACGCCUCCUCUACCCGUCGCGUCACCCACGUCUGUAUCCGUCGCUUCAUCUCCUCAUCCAGCAUCGGCAUCAGCAUCGACAAUCGCGACGCCCGUCACAGCUGCAACCUCCCCGCGGAUGACCACCUUCCCAUCCACUCAGCAACCGUACGAGCCGGUCAGCGUCGCUACCGCCAUAGGAUCAGGAAGCGUUCGCGAGUCUAAAAGGCGACCGUCGCUGCCGUCGAUCUUGGAGAAAGCUGCGCAUCCGGCUGCAUCCUUGCGAGCGGCUCUGGCCAGCGGCUCGUCGGCUCACACGGGCUCCAUCAGCUUUUCGCAGGCAUCAUCUGUCAGACAACCAGACGUCUCGUACGACGCCAAUAGUUUGAGCCCUGGCAAAAGACCUGCCAAGCUUGCAGGCAAGCGCAGCCUGUCCAACAUUCUUAGAAAAGCCACCGGCUCGAACCCGAUCGGCAGUCAACAGCAGUCGACGCCAGCUUCACAGCACUCUGGUUCCUCCUACGCCGACACGACCGCUGCUGCUAACAACUACAUGCUGAGUGGUGGCGCGAUCAACAUGGACGCGCUUGCGAAGCCUGGCCGAAAAGCUGGCAGGCCAUUCGAGCACCAACGCCCCUCGGCCGCCUCCUCCCUCCGCGGAACGCGACGCAAUACAGCUGGCGAUAGCUCAGCUGAGGACCAAGAGGCAUGGAGACAUGUUCCGAUAACACCUGCCACGCUCUCCGAAUCGCGGACGGAAGCUGGCGCGUUGAACCAGCCGCGCACGCUUCGAAGCACUUCCUCCUCUUCGUCACUUUCAGCAGCUCGCGAUCUGUUCAUUGCCGAUAAUCAGCGCAGAGCCCGUGCCGGCUCCAACGAGCGGGUCACUAGCAACUCGCGUCUGCCGCAACGUGCCAACGCUUCGCUCGACCUGCUGCGCCCGAUAGGUUUCCUUGGACAGAGCGACGACCCAACAGCAUCAAGAAAGAGCAUGGACAAGUACAGGGUGAAUUCCAAUCAAAACAGCCGCAUCGAUGCCAUCAUGCGUGCAGGUCUCGCUCUGCCAUCAGCCUCAGGAUCGACGUCUAGCAGUCAGCAAGCUGGAGCAUCGUCCAACGCACCGCACUUCGCCAGCAGGGACAGGUCGGUGAGUGGGUCUAGUUCCCAAAGCGCUGCGACCACCGACAAUGAUGGGCAAACGGUGGAAGAGACCGCGGAUGAAGACGAUCUACAGGAGUUUCUCGAUCACAGCGCUUCCCAGACUGGUGACAGCACCUUGGAUGGCGGUGAGCGGCACGAUUCACAUCGGCUUCCUGCAGGACUACGUACCAUGACCGCGCUUCGGCAGCAGAGCAGCAGGGACGCCGGAGACACUUUGAUGACCGACCCAGCAGCUCCGGCUCACUCCCUCGUCAAUGCGCCCGGGGCCUUACAAGACGGAAACCCGAGCCACAGCAGCAGCAAUACGCCGCUCACUCGCGUCACGCGCGAUCGAUCCGGCAGCCACGUCUCUGCCGUGAGCUCAGGCUCUCAAUCCGGUCACAGCUCCCGCGGUACGGACUUUGGCCAGCGAAACUCGCCGGGUCUUGCCGCGGGCUAUCAGGCCAUGUCCAUCGCCGAGGAGAAUGGGUUGACAUUGUCCGCCGGCCCUGCAUCGACAGCAGGCACUUCAAUCUCAUCUCUGAGCCGAGCCGGUCGAGCUCCUUCAGUCACCGAAAGCAUCACGAGCCAUGCUUCGUCAUCGUCGCUUCGUUCCAACUUUCUCAGCGCGGCCGAGCAGGCCCAAGCCAUUCUAAACCACGAAUCGCCCUACACGUCUGACGGUCCGGAUGGCACAAGCACCUCGUUGGCGGCGCAGCUCGCUGCCUACGGAGAAGCAUUAGCUGUGGAGCGGAAGCGAGCUGGAGACGUACGGAACGGUUCCUCGCCCGCCCUGAGCGCACGAGGAAGCAACGCAGCACUACGCUCUAAGCUGCCAAGCGUCAGCGAGGAUCAAUCGCCUUCGCGAUCCGCGAGUCACAAUUCGCGCAGCUUUUCGGUGAGCGAACAGCGCCACCCCAACUUGCCCGCAACCGCCGCACAGUCUUACAAUCGACGCGUGUCUCGCAGGCCGCACAGCAGCGAAGGCCAACAGGACGCAGCCAAACGCGGUACGUUCGGUUCGGUCACCACGACGAUCGGCCCUUCGACACUGUCUGCAACGGACAAAGCCAGGCUAGGGCUCGACAGGAGUCCUGCACCAAGUCACGCCAAUGAAAAGGUAGCGGCGCACGACUCGCGAGGCGUAUCGCCACACACGAUUGAUGUUCGCCGAGAGGGAUCGCCUCUGCCGCAACACACGGCACAGGGCCACGCCGAGGUCGCUGCAGCACCUGGCCCUAGCGAUCGACCCGCCGCCGCGAUGCCGACCAAGGGUCAACCUCGACGUCGUCACGAGCCCGUGACGCUCAGCUCCGCCUCGAUCUUACCGCUGGACACGGCGACACCAAACCCUUACGCAACGGGUGCAGCCGCAAUCGAUGUUGACGACGAAGACGAUCCCAAAACUCCUGUUCUGGGCGGUGACAGGGCGACGAUGGACAAGUUUGCUACUUCGACGCGCAAUCUGCAUCAUCACAGCCCGUCGUUGCCAACAGAACUCGAAUCGUAUACUACGGCCAGAUUUGAACGUCUGCCGGAUAUCGUGCCGGCCGGUGGCAGCGGUCCUGACAGCAGCACGGGCAGUGCAGCGCCGCCCAGACCACCGCCCCGCAAAGAGUCGAUCCACCCCUCGGGCCUCGGUCUAGACAGUCCCAGCAUCAGCAGCGACAGUCAAACGCUGACGCCCGAUUCGGUCCAAUGGCAGUCAUGGCGAGCCGAAGACGGGACGGUCGGUCGCGGCGAAGACAGUUCGACCCAAGAGAAGCCAACAAGAUCCACCUCUUCCAGUCGAUGGGACGGACUGAGAAGGCCGAGCCUCAAUAUGCUGCGAAGCGUGACUUCCUCGUCGACAAAUUCGCAGACACCGAGCCACGCUUCCUUCAGCGGCAGCGCAGAGGAUCACGGCCACAGCCGAUGGUCGACCGAGGACAGCACCGUGCUUGACAAAGCAGAGCAACAGGCUUCAAGUGGUGGGAGCUCCAGCAAGCGCGGAUUGGUGCGCAACCUUUUGCAUAAGGCCAAGGGAACAUCCUGA